UAGCGAUAGGCCCCCUGGGGGCGUAAGGCCCUGGCCCGCGUCGUGGGCCCGGUGCCAGCCCAGCGCGCGGGAGGGGCGCCCCGCAGGAAGCAGGGCAUCAGGUUGGAAGUGCGAAAGCUGUGGGAGCUCCUCUCGGCUUGAAGAAGUGGUGGUUUCGGUUUUGGAGGUUUUUCUACAUGAGUGGAGAAGGUAGAUGUUGCAAGUAGAAGAGAUACAACAUUUUUUUAGGAUGUCUGAAGAUGAAGAAAAAGUGAAAUUACGCCGUCUUGAACCAGCUAUUCAGAAAUUUACUAAGAUAGUAAUCCCAACAGACCUGGAGAGGUUAAGAAAGCACCAGAUAAAUAUUGAGAAGUAUCAGAGGUGCAGAAUCUGGGACAAGUUGCAUGAAGAGCAUAUCAAUGCAGGACGUACAGUUCAGCAACUCCGCUCCAAUAUCCGAGAAAUGGAGAAGCUUUGUUUGAAAGUCCAAAAAGAUGACCUUGGACUUCUGAGGAGAAUGAUAGAUCCUGUUAAAGAAGAAGCAUCAGCAGCAACAGCAGAAUUUCUUCAACUCCAUCUGGAAUCUGUAGAAGAACUUAAGAAACAAUUUAAUGAUGAAGAAACUUUAUUACAGCCUUCUUUGACCAGAUCCAUGACUGUUGGUGGAACAUUUCACACUACUGAAGAUGAAGCUGAUCCUCAGAGUAUGACUCAGAUAUAUGUGUUGCCUGAAAUUCCUCGAGAUCAAAAUGCUGCAGAAUCAUGGGAAACCUUAGAAGCGGACUUAAUUGAACUUAGCCAACUGGUCACUGAUUUCUCUCUCCUAGUGAAUUCUCAGCAGGAGAAGAUUGACAGCGUUGAAGACCAUGUCAACAGUGCUGCUGUGAAUGUUGAAGAGGGAACCAAAAACUUGGGGAAGGCUGCAAAAUACAAGCUGGCAGCUCUGCCUGUGGCAGUGAAUUCCAAUGAGGCAACACACCAUUUCUCAUUGUUCUUAAAUAACUGGAAAACAUCAAGUAUUGCUACCUGCUGACUCAUAUCUUUAAUAUAAUACCAAGAAGGAAGUACUUUGAUUUUGCUUUUCUUCUGCUGAUUUAGCUCUCCUACCCACCUAAGCUGGAGCCAGUAACCUAAGAAGCCCCAGAAAAGGGGUGUGCUGGCCAGAGUUCCUGGAGCAAGAACUUUCAGGUUAUACUGAAGCCGAGUGCUGUAUAGGGAGAGUUCUGCGAAUCCAAAAACCUUCCUCUGUGGGCUGCCUGCCUGCCCGUAAGUGCCCUAAAGUAGUUUGCACAGGAGUAAGGACUGAAUACUGGUGUUAUCUAUCAAUCACAAGAAGCUGUACAUAAAAUGUAUAACAUUUUUCUCCAGUGAAUGUCACAGAAGCCAAACCAAGCCAUUCUUUGUGUUAAAAACGGAAAAGUCAUUUUCAGGGUCCCCCUUGCCCUUCGUUGCUGCCACAUGAAAUCUUUGGGAGGAAGGAUGAAGAAAAGCAUGGGGAAAUGGUUCUCCUGUGAAAUGGGACAUUUUCUUCUCAUAAUAAAGUAUAACAUGGCGGUGGCUAUCAGGUACUUAUGAAUGCUAGAAACUCUUCUUAAGUAGUCAGAGGCCUAAUAAAAGGUAGGGAAGCUUCCCCCCUAGCCUAAAUUAAUGUGAACAGUUCAGGUUCUGUUUGUGUUUUUAUUAACAUUUCAUGUUGUUUCUAACAAGAUGUUCUCAACUAUUUAUAUUCAUUUGACACCCUUUUACAGAGACACUUCUUGGGUAUUGUAAACAAUCAAUGGUAAAAGAUCCACAUAUAGUCCAUGUUACAGCCCUCAAAGAAAUUAUUUAUUGUGGGAGACAAGAAAAACGUCUAUGCAAUAUUAACAAAAGAAAUAAAUUCAUAUAAAAACUUAAAAGGUGUUAAAGGCAAAUGAUUUGCCUAAGAUUACAGCUAGUUAGCACAAAAGCUAGAAUUGUAACCAUGGUCUAAGAAAAAAAAACCCACAAAGUAAUUUAACUGAGUUUGUUACGCCAUAUCAGGUUGCCUGCUGAAGCUUGUGGUCUUUCAGACCAGCUUUAACAUUCCAAAUCAGUCAACAGCUAUAGUGGAAAGAGAACUGGAUGGGGAAUCAGGAGAUAAGAGUUUUACUUGUGGCUUUGUCUCUUAUAGUAAGCUUUUACUCAGGCGUGGCUGCUUUCUCCCAUUCUAGCCAGGGAUUCUCCAUUCUUUAUAUCUAGCCUCUUACUGGGUCUUGUUAAUUGUCUGAAUAUUAGUUGCAUUCAUUUCUUAAAUAUAUUCAUAACCAUCACUCUAGUAAAAGACUUUAUUACCUCACAUCCCCUACCUCAUCUUCCCCCGCUUUAGGCCAUUCCUCACAUCAUUGCCACAAGAACUGUCUUUCAUUUUUCUGCUGAAAUAUUUUCAGCAGAUCCUGUUGAAUACCUGAUAAAGUUCAGCCUUCCAUAUAUAAUGGCCCCAGCUUUGUCUCUUCAGACUCACUGCUCAACCAUCUGACAAUGCCACUGAAAAUCAGACAUUCCACAAGAAUGAUUUUAAGCUUUUUCUAUGGUGAAGGUACAAACUAGUAAUAAACUAUGUUUACGUUUUUUUCCAGACUAAAGAAAUUUCUGUAAUACUACAUUUUACAAAACUAGUCAACUGAGUUUUGUUUAAGCUCUUGAACAAGUCUAGAAGUUGUUUCCUAAGGAGAAGAAAUCUUUUGUCCCCUCAGAGGAAAUUACAUUCAAUUUCUUAACCUCCAAAACAAUGUCAGUCUUGUCACCUGUACAUAGGAUAGCCAAAGCAUGAAGAUUUUAAUUUAGCAGCAUAGAUACUCCAGACUUGAAUGGACCAUUGCCAGCUCCUGUGAGAAACUUGACUAAUAAAUAUUUGAGGAAAUUACUUGAGUACAUAUGUGUUAUCCAUACAUUUCUCAAGUACUUGAGAUUGUCUUUUAUUAAGGUUAAUCACUAAAAAAGAUGUUUACGAGGGUUUCUUUUAUUAACCCCCUAAAGAUGCUUUCCAUUUUAUUGUUAAAACCGUUGGUGUUAGCAAGGUUCAGCACAAAAAAAGGCCCAAUGGUGAGAAUUUCUACAAAUUCUGUAAAGCUUACUGAAUUCGCUUAUUAUGUUGCUGAGUGGUGCUUAUAUGAGGAAACAUGCAAUAAAUUCACUCAUUCAACAAACGUUUAACUGUAUGCCUGUUGUAUGUUGAGUGUCAGUGCCAUACGUAGAAAAAUACUAGGCCUCUCAGAUCUACCCAUGUAAACCAUUCAGGCUAAUGAAUUCAGAUACUCAAAGCAAGUAAAUCACAGUAAAACAUGGUAAGUACCCUAAAAGGAGAGCAAAGUAAUAUGAGGACACAGAUAAUGGAGUGACUGUUUCUGCCUGGAAAAGAAGGGGAAGGCUUUGUGGAACAUGUGGUAUUUGAACAGUACUCUAUAAAGAAGAAUCUGCCUGACUGAAGACCAGGUUUGUGAGCUUUCAAGUGGCAGAGGAAUUGCUCGUACAAAGGGUUCAAAACAUGAACGAAUAUUCAUGUUUUAGUGUGCUUAGAGAAAACGAAUUGAAUGUGAGUGAUGAAGCUGGUUAGAUGAAAAUACAGGCUAGGGUAGUUUUCAUACGUGUAUGUGUAUAUUAUUUAAUAUGUAUAUAUUUUUGUAUAUAUUUAAUAAAUUCUGUGUUUAAAGGGAUUAAUGUAUUGCUUUGUGUCAGAUAAGACUGUUAUAAGCCUCUGAGUUCUUCGUUUUGCCUUCAUUGCCAGAGAAGUUAGUAAUAAACCUCACAUUUGCCUGGACUCUUGGUAUAUUUGGCAUAUUUGCUUUUCUUUCCCACAUGUAAGAAAUGAUUUGUGCUUUCUUGCCUCUGCUGUAAGAUCCCCUGCUUGACAUUGAAUGCCUGCUUUCUUCCUAUCCUGUUAUUCAUUCCAUAAAUAUUUAUUGAAAACCCACUGAGAAAAUAGUCAUGAAAUUUACUUUUGCCUUUUAGUGUCCAAGACCUUCAUGGUCCAGUUUUCCAUCUCUCUAUGAAUAUUUCUUGACAACUGCAAUU